UACACAACCACUUAACAAACAGUCAAAAAAAUAAUUAUUAAAAUUUUAGGCUUUCUUCCUGUAGUGUCCCGGAUUGAGUCGUAUUUAUAAGCUUAGUUUUUUAGAAACAAAAUUUCAAAAGUGUAAUGAUGCCAGGCAGAUUAGGACUUUCCAUAAUGCAAGAAAAUCCAUUGUGGAUUUCUUGGCAUGAUUCUAACUGGAUACCAAUACUGAAUCCGACUAAUGUUAUGGAUUAUUUCUCGGAAAAAUCCAACCCUUUUUAUGACCGUACUUGCAACAACGAAAUUGUGCGAAUGCAGCGACAGAGUUUAGAUGUUUUAAAUAACAUGACUGGCGUUGAAUAUAUAUUAUUGCAUGUACAAGAUCCAAUUCUAUAUGUAAUUCGAAAGCAACAUCGACACAAUUCAAACGAGGCAACUCCUUUGGCAGAUUAUUAUAUAAUCGCCGGAACCGUUUACCAAGCGCCGGAUUUAUCCAGUGUUUUUAACUCCAGAAUACUGUCUACUGUACAUCAUCUACAGAGUGCUUUUGAAGAAGCUAGUUCAUUUUCGCGUUAUCAUCCAAGUAAGGGAUAUUCGUGGGACUUCUCUUCUAAUAAAGCAAGUAAGUUGCGUUUAAUUUAUAACAGCAUCUAACAUUAGCACGAUAUUAUUAUAAAUCUCUAAAAAUUGUUAUUCGGAAUAAAAUUUAACCGAAAAUAGC